AAAAAGGUUAAUCCAGAUACACCGCCAAAAUUGAUUUCCGUCGCAUCAAAAUCUUUACUUCAAAACUGGAUUAUAAUAAAUCCGUUGAUAUUGGAACGCAGCAGGAAAACAACUCUGGGGUAACCAACAAAAUGGUCAAACGAACCGACGGAACAGAAUCUCCCAUACUGGCUGAAGACGCUGGCGAUGGGCACGAUAAACCCCGACUGCGAUACGGAGAAUUAGUUAUACUUGGCUACAAUGGCUACUUGCCGCAGGGCGAUCGUGGUCGUCGGCGCUCAAAAUUCGUGCUGCACAAACGCACGGAGCCGAGCGGCGUCAAGCGAUCGAAACACUAUAUCGUACAAUCACCACAGACAUCGAAGGCUAUACUGGAUGCCAACCAGCACUCAAUAUCGUACACACUAUCACGCAGUCAGGCCGUUAUUGUUGAGUACAAGGAGGACACAGAAACGGAUAUGUUUCAGGUGGGACGCUCAUCAGAAUCCCCCAUUGAUUUUGUUGUAAUGGACACGUUGCCCGGUGAUAAGAAGGAUGCGAAGGUAAUGCAGAGCACGAUUUCUCGUUUCGCGUGCCGCAUUUUGGUGAAUCGAUGUGAGCCCGCCAAGGCGAAAAUCUUUGCCGCCGGAUUUGAUUCGAGCAGAAAUAUAUUUUUGGGCGAAAAGGCCACCAAAUGGCAAGAUAAUGUGGAAAUCGACGGUCUGACCACUAAUGGUGUCUUAAUAAUGCACCCCAAAGGCUCGUUCUGCGGCGGCAACGCCAAGUGCGGCCUAUGGCGCGAGUGCUCCGUGGGUGGCGAUGUCUUCAGCCUGCGCGAAUCGCGUUCGGCACAACAAAAGGGUCAGCCUAUCUAUGAUGAAUGCAACAUAUUGCAGGAUGGCACACUCAUUGAUCUCUGCGGCGCAACACUGCUCUGGCGUUCCGCCGAGGGUUUGCAGCAUUCACCGACCAAACACGAUUUGGAAAAGCUUAUCGAUGCCAUUAACGCGGGUCGUCCACAGUGCCCGGUGGGCCUUAAUACAUUGGUUAUACCACGUAAAGUAAAUAUCAGUGAUCAGGUUAAUCAGCCUUAUGUGUACUUAAACUGCGGCCAUGUGCAGGGUCAUCAUGACUGGGGUCAGGAUGAGAAUACUGGUGCUCGCCGUUGUCCUAUGUGCCUAGAAUUGGGGCCAGUUGUUACCUUAUGUAUGGGCCUAGAGCCGGCCUUCUAUGUGGAUGUGGGUGCACCCACAUUCGCGUUCAAUCCAUGUGGACACAUGGCGACUGAGAAAACUGUCAAGUACUGGGCAAAUGUGGAAAUACCGCACGGAACCAAUGGCUUUCAGGCAGUUUGUCCAUUCUGUGCGACACCACUGGAUGGCGCGACUGGCUACAUUAAAUUAAUUUUCCAGGAUAAUUUAGAUUAAAGUUGUAUAUGAAUAUGCACAUCUUUAUAGUAGAUAUGUAUUUGUAGUAAUUGAACAAUGUCGAAGUUUGAAGCAGGCAUUAAAACUAGGCUUUAUUUAUUAUAA